AUGAAGGAGACGGACGUCGUGCACGCGGUCGCGGUCGGCGCGGAGGUGUGGAUCGAACGCGCGAUCGCGAACGGUGAAGAAGAUGACGCCGAGCACGACGAGCUGGAUCGAGGUGCGACGCACGCGCGAGGCGUCGUCAGGGCGUUGGACGAGAGCAGAGGGGUCGCGGUGGUGGAGACGAUGCGUGGGAAGCGGCUCGAGCGGCAGAUCGAUCGGGUGCUCAUGCGGGAGACGCAGGGACAGGAGGAUAUGGUGAAACUGAAUCAUCUGCACGAGCCAGGCGUUUUGGAAAACUUGCGGCAGCGGUACGCGCAGGAUGACAUAUACACGUACACAGGGUCGAUCCUGAUCGCGGUAAAUCCGUUCAAGGACGUUGGGCACCUGUACGACGAGCACAUGAUGGGGAUGUAUCGAGGGUUGAGGUUGGGGGACUUGAGUCCGCACGUGUUUGCCACGGCGGAUGCGGCGUACGAGGCGAUGCGGACCGAGGGCACGUCGCAGAGCGUUCUGGUGAGCGGAGAGUCUGGGGCGGGUAAGACUGAAACGGCGAAGUUAUUGAUGCGAUACAUCGCGUACAGAUCGAUGUGUGAAGGUGCUGGACCGGAUGAGAGAGACGCGACGAGUGAAACGACGCAGAAGAAAAUUUUGGAGAGCAACCCAUUGUUAGAGGCUUUCGGAAACGCGAAGACGGUGCGAAAUGACAACAGUAGUCGUUUUGGAAAGUAUGUGGAGAUGCAGUUCGAUGCAAAUCGCCACAUCAGUGGCGCCGCGAUACGAACGUAUCUUCUUGAGAGAAGUCGCGUGGUGAAGACAAGCGAUCUCGAGCGGAACUUUCACGUGUUUUAUCAGCUCUGUGCCGGCGCUGAGGCGAGUUUUCGAGAAGAUUUGCGUUUGAAAGACGCUAAAGGAUUUCACUACACGAACCAAAGCUCGUGCUUUGAGCUCAAAGGCGUGGAUGACGCAGAGGAGUUCAGACGCACAAUCGAAGCCAUGGACGUCAUCGGCAUCACUAAGGAUGAGCAAAAGAGCAUCAUGAGCGUCAUCGCCGGGAUUCUACACUUGGGUAACGUACAUUUCGUCGACAGCGCCGAAUCCACGGAUGAAGGGUGCGAUUUAGCGGGAGAAGAUGCGAAGAGUGCUCUGUUGGACUGUGCUGCAGUGCUGAGACUUGAUGCUGAAAAGCUCGAACGCUCCCUUCGUACGAGAAGACUUGUUCUCGCCGACGAGGUCAUUCAUAAACCUCUAUCGGCAGCCGCCGCGGUGCACUCUCGCGAUGCCCUCGCGAAGAGUUUAUAUUCAAAAUUGUUUGACGCUCUCGUGGAGCGAAUAAACGCGUGCAUAGGCCAGGAUGAGCGCAGUGAGCGCUACAUCGGCGUGCUCGACAUCUAUGGUUUCGAGAGUUUUGCGGUCAAUUCUUUCGAGCAAUUUUGCAUCAAUUUUGCGAACGAAAAGCUGCAACAACACUUCAACCAGCACAUCUUCAAGUUGGAACAAGCAGAGUAUGAAAAGGAAGGCAUCGAUUGGUCGUACAUCGAGUUCAUCGACAACCAAGACAUCCUUGACGUCAUCGAGCGAAGGGCAAACGGAAUCAUAUCUCUCUUGGACGAAUCGUGCAUGCUCGGUUCUAGUACCGAUGAACACUUCGUGCACAAGUUGUACUCUAGUCUUAAGAACGACACGCGUUUCAGCAAGCCAAAGUUGACGCAGACGGCUUUCACGCUGUCGCAUUAUGCCGGCGAAGUGACGUAUGAGUCUGAAAGCUUCCUCGAUAAGAAUAAGGAUUUCAUCAUUCAGGAACAGGAGGAGAUGAUCGCGAGCAGCUCUCAUGAAGAACUAGUAAAGAUGUUCGCUACUUCACGCGACUGUGUGGACCAGACUGGACGCAGUAAAUCCUCAACGAAGUUCAGCUCAGUUGGUGCUCGCUUUAAAAAGCAGCUUGGUGAGCUCAUGCAAAAGCUUAACGCCACUGAACCUCAUUAUAUCAGGUGUAUCAAGCCGAAUGCUGCUUCGGAGCCUGCGCGCUUCGACAGCGCAAGCGUUCUUCAACAGUUACGUUGCGGUGGUGUUUUGGAGGCAAUUCGUAUCAGCUGCGCUGGUUAUCCUUCGAGAAAGUCCAUUGACGUGUUUCUGGCGAGGUUUGGCUUGCUCGCUCCGAGCGCUGCAUCGCUAUUUUUCGAAGGUAAAGAGCGUGAAGCGCUGGAGGGGAUCUUGCAGGCGGCGAACGUCGAGGGAUGGCAAAUCGGGAAGACGCAGGUAUUUCUCAGAGCUGGGCAGAUGGCCAUUUUGGAUGUGCUCAGGCUGAACAAACUAAACGGAGCGGCGAUUGCCAUUCAAAGUAGAGCGAGAACGUUUGUGAAACGGAAGCAAUUUCGUGAGUUGCGAGAAGCGUCCAUCAAAAUUGCUGCGGUGACACGUGGCAUGAUUGCCCGCAAGAAAGUCCGGGAUAUCAGAGAGGAGAUGGCCGCGUUGAGGAUCCAAACGGCAUUCCGAGCCAUUCGAGCGAGAAUUCAAUUCAAUCGUACGAAGGAAGCGGCGCUGAAAAUUCAGGCGAUCGUCAGAGGCGCUCGUGCGCGACAAGUUCUGCAAGAAACACGUGAUACCGAAGCGCGGGCCACUAAGGCUGCCACUUGCAUCCAAUCCAGAUGGCGAGGAAAGUUCGCUCGUAUCGAGUUCAAUCAGUUGAGGAGUAAGGCGCGAGAGACCGGGGCUCUGAUUGAGGCGAAAUCGGCACUCGAACGUCAGCUCGAGUCCGAAAAGAUGCGCACUGUCAUGGAGCAACGUGCCCGCCAGGACGACAACGCGAGACAUGCCAACGUCGAGAGCGCCCUGCGCGGACGAGUUGAUGAACUUGAGAAGGAACUAGCAGACGCGAACGCGAAGAAUGCGAAGAUUGAGGGCACCACACUUAUGAAGGACGACGAAAUUAUCGAGCUCAAGAGAUCGAUGCAAGAACUACAAACGGCAAAUCGUGUGGAAAUUCAGGAGUUGCGUCAGUGGAAAGAAAAGGCAGCGUCACUUUUCGCAGAGUUGAACGCCAAGCUGGGCGUAUCCAGCGACGAUGUUUCGAAUGAGCCAUCACUGGUUGCCCUUCAAGAGCUGGUCGUGAAAAUAAACGAAAAGAUGCAACUCAGCUCAAAGCUAGAAGAGGAAGUGAGAGCUCUGACUCACGCCAGAGACGAUCUCGACAAGAUGGUGAAUCAAAUGCGUGACGACAUCAGAGAUAUGGAAAAGGAGAACGAAAACUUGAAGUCGUCGUUCACAUCACCCAGUAUGGAUAGGAGGAGCGCGCGCUUCUCUGGUGUGCUUAGCCCAAUGUCCCCUAUGGAGUCGUUGGAUACCCCUAGGUCGCCAGACACACCGCAUAGCGAUGACGUCGUGGCGUCGCUCGAGCGCGAACAGGCUGAGCUCGAUGCGCGCAAGGCCAAGCUGGAACAAGUCCGGUCGCACCUCGAGUACUCCAUCCUGCUAGGAUUCAUAGAAAAGAACGCGGCUGACGCUGGCUUCACCGAGAACGGCACUCCGGUUCUCGCUUGCGUAAUUUUUAGAUGCUUGAUCAAAUGGGGAACGUUUGAGCUCGAUCGAACGACUCUUUUUGACAAAAUCAUGGACGCCAUAUCUUUGAAUAUUGAUCGAGCCGGAGAAGAUCACACCGCCCUUGCAUACUGGCUCAGUAACUCUUUCACGCUGCUCCAACUGCUUCACCGAACGUUGAAGACGCACUCGUCGGGUAGUAAGGAAAUGCGCAGAAAGAGCGGUAGUUUCUUUGAUCGAAUCAACUCAAGGUUCGCAAGGGCGUCAACGCCAACAUCAUCUCCUGGAGUCAAUGGUGUGGCGCACAUCGAUGCGAAGUAUCCGGCUUUUCUGUUUAAGCAACAGCUUGCGGCGCUUGUGGAGCGGAUUUACGGCACGCUUCGUGACCGAGCUAAGAAGGAUAUCAAUCCACAGUUUGCGACGUGUAUCCAGGCUCCGAGAAAUCGCGUGGCAAGCACGAAGGUAUCUACAGGUGGUGCUACGCUAUCACGCUCUUCCUCGGCUAUGUUAGGCGACGGUUGGAUGAGAAUCUUGGAUGUGCUUGAAACUUCCGUCAAGGCUAUGGCCCUGAACAACGUUCCAGCCCAGCUCACUCGAAAAUUCUUCGAUCAAAUUUUCUGCUUCAUCAAUGUGCAGAUGUUCAACGCGCUCCUCCUUCGCCGUGAGUGCUGCUCUUUCUCCAAUGGCGAGUACAUUAAGAUGGGACUUUCGCUACUAGAUGGAUGGGCACGCAAGCCACAGAAUGAAGCUGUUGGUGAGCACGCUUUGAACGAACUGCGUUUCAUUCGACAAGCGGUCGAGCUGCUCGUGAUCCAUCAGAAGCCCCAGAAGACCCUGAAUGAAAUCACCCUGGAGCUGUGCCCACAGUUGAGCAUUCAACAGCUUUAUCGAAUCAGUACCAUGUACUGGGACGACAAGUACGGUACGGAAUCAGUCAGCGCGGACGUUUUGAGCGAGAUGCGAGUUCGUAUGAAAGAGGACAACAGCGCACACUUGAGUAAUUCGUUCCUUCUCGACGAUGACAGCAGUGUCCAGUUCAGUAUCGAUGAAAACAUCGACGCGAGCUCGAUUAAUAUUCAGCUCACAGGCUACGCGUUGCCGUCCAUCUUCAACGAGAACGCGUCAUUCUCUUUUCUCCUCACAAGACCGACCAAAGAAUAG